AUGGAUACACAAUCAUAUAACCUACCCAUCCACGAGCAUCCCCUUUUCUCUCUGGAUAAGUUUGCCCAGACAUUUGAAUGUCAUGGCUGCCAACUUCGAAAAACCAUAAACGACGCCUACGUUUGCAAUGAAGCUGGUUGUGGUGUCUGGUUCCAUAGCAAAUGCGUCACCGCCUUGUUAGCUGACUCAGCAGCAUAUUCUUUACCCAUCCACGAGCAUCCCCUUUAUUCUGUAGCUAAGUUUGUCGAGGGUCAUGAAUGUCGUGGCUGCCAUGUACGAGAAACCUUGUAUGGCGGCUACAUGUGCCGUGCAUAUGGUUGUGUUGCCUUCUUCCAUAAGGUAUGCGCCGAAGGAGCUCGGUCGGAGAUUAACCACCCUUCCCACCCCCAACAUCCUCUGCUGCUCACCAACGACUUGGGAGAUGGUCCAUGUGCUUGGUGUGGAACAAAGCUGCUGGGCCCAUGUUAUAGUUGCUCCACAUGUGAAUUCAAGGUGGAUUUGGCUUGUGUAAAGAAACCACCACCGUCUGCUAUUGAACAUCCUGUGUGGCAUGAUCAUCCAAUUAUCUUAUUGAAGAAAAAAGAAGGCGACAAGGAGAAGAAGGAGGAGAAGUCUCCUUGUGAAGUGUGCAAGGAGUCUAUCUGUGGACCAUCCUUUUCAUGUCUUGAGUGCAACGCGUUCUUCCACGUGGAAUGCGUCGAUCUCUUAAAAGAGUUAAACCAUCCUAAUCACCCUAACCAUCCACUCAAGUUAAUCACAUUUGAUACACUUACGGAUGGUGCCGAGAAGACCUGUCUAUUCUGUGGCGAAGAAACAAAAAGCGCACUUUAUCAUUGUUCCGUUUGCAACUUCACCACAUGCAUUGCUUGCACCAGAAACCCACCUCCUCUUGUAAUUAAUCACACCAAGACCCACAAACAUCAACUUACUCUCUUUCCGAGGAAAAUGCCAAUGACUUGUGAUGUUUGUGGGGAAGAAGGCAAAGGGGCGCCUUAUUAUGUAUGUCUUCGUUGUGCUUUUGUUAUCCACGGAUGGUGUAUCGAGUUUCCCCUUUUCAUAAACAUCAAUCGUCAUGAUCAUUGCAUUUCCUUCACUCAUAAUCUUGGCGUUGGGUAUUCCAAAUGUGGAGUAUGUCGCAAAAGCUUAAGUCAGUACCAUGGGGCUUAUACGUGCUCUAUUUGUCCAAGCUAUGCAGUUCACCCUCGCUGUGCGCAAAGGGAUGACGUAUGGGAUCAGUUAGAAUUUAUCAAGUUUCCGGAUGAUAUCCAAGUUAUUGCACCACCAUUCAAGGUGGUGGGUGAUGGCUUGAUAAUUCAUCAAAGUCAUAGCCAACAUAAUUUAAGACUUCAGAAAGAUGAUACUAUUCAUGACAAGUGGUUACGAUGUGAAGCAUGUAUCCAUCCGGUUAGCUUUGACCCCAUCUACUAUUGUGAGGAAUGUGGCUUCGUUCUUCACGAGAAGUGUGCUAAUCUUCCUACGAUUAAAAAACUUUUCUUUCAGACCGAUCCAUUCACGUUGGAUUUUGAUAGCCGCAACAUUAUAGACUGCGCCAUGUGUGGGACGUUAUCUACUGGUUUCACGUACCUUGGAAAAUAUGUUCAGGGAAUAGAUAUACAUUGUGGUACCCUUCCUGAGCCGCUCGUCCAUGAUGGCCAUGUACAUCCACUAUAUUUAAACGAUGAUGAUGGUCGCUACUGCGAUGGAUGCCAUUCCACUCCAGUUGGUUAUGUGUUCCGUUGUGAUGAUUGUAGCUUUCACCUGUGUUAUUAUUGUGCUUCUUUGCCAAAAAAGAUUUGGCAUACCAACGAUGAGCACCCUCUCACUUUACACUGCGGCGAAGAGGCGAGAUACAACAAUUGGUGCGACAACUGUGAAAGGGAAAUAGACCCAUGUGGUUCCACAUGUGAUUUGUGUGGAAAAGAGCUGCCGAUCCCAUGUUAUAGUUGCUCCACAUGUGAAUUUAAGGUGGAUUUGACUUGUGGAAUGAAACCAUUUCCUGCAAUCGAACAUUCCGUAUAUCAUGACCACCCGCUUGUCUUCUUAAAGCAACCAAUACCAUACGUGGAGGUGGUGAAAUAUUGUGAGGUAUACGAGUUUAAUAUCGGGGAACCAUCCUAUUCAUGUCAUGAAUGCAAUGUGUACUUCCACCACUUACGGACGAUGCCGAGAAGAUUUGUCUUUCGUGUGGACAAGAACCACAACCAGAAAAGGGAUAGUGUAGAGUUGGAAGGGAUUCCGGAUGAUACCGAAGAUAUUGCUCCAUACAAGGUGGUUGGUGAUGACUUGAUAAGUCAUUUCACUCAUGACAAACAUCCUUUAGAGCUCUACAAGAAGAAUAUCCUUUAUGAUGAGAGAAUACUAUGUGAAGCAUGUAUCGAUCCGCUUGGGUUUGACUCCAUCUACGGUUUCUGCCCUUACAGAUUCGGCAUAGGAACGAUGAACACCCUCUCACUUUACGUGGCGAGAAAGCGAGCGACAACAAUUGGUGCGACAAUUAACGGGUCGUUCACUAUGUCUAUGGCUAUGUAUAGAACAUUUGAGGUGGUUCGUAACAAUCACAGCACUCGGCCGUUAUGCAGCGUCUGUCUUUCUCGUUGCAUGGUCGCCGUUAUCCUAAAGUAUUGUGAUCAAGACAAGGGAUACACCUGUUCGUUUCAUUGUUUCACAACUUCUUUUCGCCAAAGAAUCUUUCUAAGAGAUAAUAUUCCGUUUUCUGCGCUCUGA